CUCUAAAUAGCCUUUCCUCUCGCAUCCAGGGGGGUUACGUCUAAACUUCUUUGCUGGUUGCUUCCAUCCCCACCGUACCGACGAAGCAGCGGAAGGAGACGCACCCACCACCAUGCUGAGAGGAAUCUACACACGUAGCCAACUCAGAGGCCUGCCGCUCCGCGGGUGCUCCGCUAAUGCGUGCCGAACAAAGGCGCGGCCUCUUGGCGGGAGACGGGGAAGCGCCCUGAAGCUGCAGCAGCGCUGGGAGAGCUCCUCGGUAUCGGAUGUGCCCAAGGCCGCCACAGCGGCCAUCCCGUACUCGGAGAUGAGCGUCGGCGUGCCCAAGGAGAUAACGCCGCUGGAGAAGAGGGUGGCGCAGACCCCGGACACUGUCGCCAAGCUCGUCAAGCUGGGCAUCACGGUUAACGUAGAGGCCGGGGCCGGGGAAGCGUCCCAGUGCUCGGACAAGGGGUACGAGGCGGCGGGGGCGAACAUCGUCGGGAAGGACAAGGUAUGGCAGUCUGAUCUGGUGAUGAAGGUCAACCCGCCUACGACGGAGGAGGCGGCGCUGCUCGAGUCUAGGGCCAUCAUGUCGCUCUUCUGGCCCGCGCAGAACAAGGAGCUGCUGGAGCAGAUGGCCAAGCAGGGCGCGACGGUGCUGGCCAUGGACCAGCUUCCCAGAACUCUCAGCCGAGGGCAGGCCUUCGACGUGCUGAGCUCGCAAGCCAACAUCGCGGGAUACCGGGCCGUGUUGGAGGCGGCUCACCACUUCGACAGGUUCUUCGCGGGGCAGACUACGGCGGCCGGACGCAUCCCCCCCGCGAAGGUGCUCGUCUUGGGGGGCGGAGUGGCGGGCCUCGCGGCCGUGCAGACGGCCAAGAACAUGGGGGCAGUGGUGAAGGCGUUCGACGUCAGGCCUGCCGUGAAGGAGCAGAUCGAGUCGCUCGGUGGGGAAUUCCUAGAGGUCGAUCUCCAAGAGGACGGAUCGGGGGCCGGCGGUUACGCCAAGGAGAUGUCGAAGGAGUGGUUCGAGGCGGCAGAGCGCAUGCUGGCGGCGGAGAUGAAGGGCAUCGACGUCGUUAUCGGCACGGCGCUCAUCCCGGGGAAGCCGGCGCCUCGUCUCAUCACGGAGCCCAUGGUGCAUUCCAUGAAGGUCGGGAGCGUCACCGUCGACCUCGCGGCUGCAACGGGCGGGAACAUCGCCACCACGAGAGCGGACGAGGUUUACAAGACCCCCAACGGCGUGACGUGUAUUGGGUACACGAACAUGACCAGCCGGCUGGCCAACACGGCGUCUACCCUCUUCUCCAACAACGUAGUUAAGCUCUUCUCCUCGGCGGGUCCGUUCAGCACGGGGUAA